GACGGACUGGACUGUCCAUCAUCUCGGGAAUUCUCUCUCUCUCUCUCCCUCCCUCUCUCUCUCCCCGCGGUGAGGCGGUACUGUUCUGUCUCAGUGUUCCUUCUGCUGCUCGGUAGUGAAAGUGUCGCUGCGGAUUCCGCGAUAAGACCGGGAGAGAAACUGCAGCCGGAGCGCGAGCUACCGAGUCACGGAGUGAAGAUGAAGAUCAGCACCAAGAUGUAAGACUCUGAGCAGGGCUUUCUCAUUGGACUCAAAGAUUAUCUGGACAGAGAGCGAGAAAAAAGGAGAGAGAGAGAGAGAGAGAGAGAGAGAGGAAGGAAAGCACAUCUGCUAAACACAUCAAGACAGAAGCCUCAGCAGGACCUCUGUGUUUUCCGUUGAGGAGAAAUGAUCUGGAGCACAGUUUCUCGGCCUAUCAUUAGGCCACAGGGCCUCUCGCUGAGGAAUGGAUAGCCUCGCCGCUAGCGCUGCAAUUACUGCCUUAUGGAUGGGACACAGCUAAUGGAAAUAAUUCAUUCUUUGUCCUGAACAUCAGCAGAAGCAGCAGUAUUUGAUGUAACCACUUUAUUACUGCUAGUCUCAGCAGAAGUAGUGUUUGUUAGCCACGGUGUUGGGGCUGUGGAUCGGGACCGAUUCCUUUUUCUUGUUAAUUUAUUGAUUUGUCUAGAAGAUGGCGGCGACCUAUCGGAUUGUUGUCAGCAGCAUAAACUAUUAUAACAGUGUGGUAGUGGACCGACGCAUACAGCAGACUGUGCAUUACUGUAAUGGACCGUGUGGAGCGGUAAAACAUGGACUUAGCUGCACUGUGGCUCAUCGUAGUACUUGUGCUGAACUUCUGGAUUCCUCCCAGACCUACACUGAUCGCCCGAUCGGCUUCCACGAAUCUGCGUCCAAAAUGCUCGAAAACGGUGGAUGCAGUCAUGUUGGAUUUGGUGAGGAUUUCCAUUAUCAGGUCGUUCCACGAGUGAAGAAAGGAUCUGCUAUCCAGAGCUCGACGAGCCUGAAGGAUAUCACUGGUGAGGCGAUCAACUUGGCCAGUGGGAAGAUGAAGGAGUUCUCCUUCGAGAAGGUGAAGUACUCCUCUAGUCAUGUGACCUUCAGGAAAGGUAGAAAGGUAAGGCCUGACUCGUAUAGCCGGAGGUCUGCCGACCUUGAUGUCAUCUACGGACACUUCGGCAACGAUGAGAACUGUCCUCCCCAGAAAUCAUCACUGGAUGAGCAGAAGUUAAACAGGAGCAUCUCACUGGAGCAGAACUUAAACAAUGCAGCUUCAUUUUAUCUGAACAACCUCACAGAGGAGAACCUCAUCGCCCGUAUUCUGGAGAAGACCAAAACAGAUAGCAAUGCUUCCGGUGAAGAUAUCAAAGCUUGUUUAGACAUCUUGCUCAAGUGCUCAGAGGAUCUGAAGAAGUGCACGGACAUUAUAAAGCAGUGUAUAAAGAGGAAGUCCAUGAGUGGAGAUGGUGAGGAUUCUGGAAAUCCGGAUGCUAUUUACAAAACCAUGAUGGCACGACUCUCUAGCUACCUAAAGAGGCUUCCUUUUGACCUUGACCUUGGGCAUGCAGGAAGACCAGAACACAACGAUCUAUCUGAACUGGUCAACACACUUCAUGGGCUUCAGCAAAGGCCUUUCUCACCUUUUGGUAACGAACAGCCUCCUCGAUACGAAGACGUGGUCCAGACCCCACCAUCAACAAAACUCCAGUCUAGCUCCUUAUCCUGUCCAUCUCCGGAGUCUCUCGAUGGCACCAGGGAUCUUCCUGGAAAUUUAACAUCUCCUCAAGGCCUCGCUGUAUCACUCCCUGCCCAUUCAUCUGCUAACGGACUUCAGUAUUCCAACCUUCCAUCAUCCACCAGCAGCACCAAACCCUCCUCCCUUCAUUAUCCCGUCUCCACUGGCCGCCACGAUGCCUCCCCCACCAACAGCAUCUCCAAAGACACCUCAAUGGAGACCCUGUACAUCGAGGAGGACGCUGACGUAGGUCGAGCACUGGACAGGAAGCAGGGUUCCAGUGUUUCAGAGUCCAGGCAGCUUUCAAGACGACAUGAUAUUAUGGGUCUCAGUGCUGGCAUUUCUGACAAACUUCCUGAUCUCAGUAGAAAUGGAACUGUAUAUCCACCCAAAGCUGAAGCAGGAAGUAACCAGGCUUAUACACCAUCACACAGCACCGAGUCAAGGAUACUCUCAAACUCGGCUCCACACAUCACCAGGGACGGCGUAGACGAGAUCGAUAAACUGCUAAUGGAUUUGGAGUGUCUGUCUCAGAACAUGCAGAAGGAACCUCCACUACCACCAAAGCAGAGACAGAUAAAUGCUUACCAAAAAAAUCUGCACCAGAUUGGCUCCUUGGGGACUAAAGGACCCCUAUGUCCAAAUCCUCCUGCCAUCUCCUCCACCAAACCGACAAAUCGCAACACAGAAGAAGCCGGCGAGGAGGAUGAUGGUGCUCUCCUGCUCCGGAUUCUGGAGAGCAUCGAGAGCUUCGCUCAGGAGCUGGUGGACUGUGGAAGCGGAACAGGAACUCAAUCAAAAGAGCGUGAGGUCAUGCGUCUCCUUCAGGACACAAUGGCUAAGACUGAACUGACUUCAGAAAAUGUUCCUGUUCCUGCACCUGCACCUGAAACCGCACCAGGAACUUUACCUGCAGCCACACCCUCGGUUACAGCCACACCUCUACCUGUAGCUGUACCUUCGGCGACUCCUGCUAAAGUCCUGUGUCCAUUCGUCACCGGCAGAGACACGGGAUCCACUAUCCUCAUCCAGCAGACACCUGAAGUCAUCAGGAUCCAGCCGGAGAAGAAACCCGUCUCUCCUCCUCCUCCUCCCAUCCCUCGUUCCCCCUCUCCUCCUCCGCCUGCCCCCCCUCCUCCCUCCAUAAACAUUCCACGCUUUUAUUUUCCCACGGGUCUCCCAAACCUCACUGCUAAUAUCGACGAGGCCAUAGCCAAAGUGGAGGCCGCCUUCGCCAAGCUGCAGGAGGAAAAGGCCGACAUCUACGAGAUGAGCAAGAUCGCCAAGGCAUGUGGGUGCCCACUGUACUGGAAGGCCCCGAUGUUUCACUGUGCAGGAGGAGAGAGGACUGGCUUUGUCUCCGUCCAUUCAUUUAUCGCCACAUGGCGAAAAUUGUUACACAGCUGCUAUGAUGAUGCGUCCAAGUUUGUUUACUUGCUGGCCAAGCCGGGCUGCGCGUACCUGGAACAGGAAGACUUCAUCCCCCUCUUACAGGACGUUGUGGACACUCAUCCGGGUCUGACAUUUUUAAAAGACGCUCCUGAAUUCCAUUCCCGCUACAUCACCACCGUGAUCCAGAGGAUAUUUUACACAGUGAAUCGCUCGUGGACAGGCAGGAUCACCAUGACUGAGCUGAGGAGAAGUAACUUCCUGCAGACUCUGGCCCUGUUGGAGGAGGAGGACGACAUUAAUCAGAUCACAGAUUAUUUCUCUUAUGAACACUUCUAUGUCAUUUAUUGUAAGUUCUGGGAGCUGGACACCGACCAUGACCUCUUCAUCGACCCCAAAGAUCUCUCACGCUACAACGACCAUGCUUCAUCCAGCAGGAUCAUCGAGAGACUUUUCUCAGGAGCUGUCACUCGGGGAAACUCUGUGCAGAGAGAAGGACGUAUGAGUUAUGCUGAGUUUGUGUGGUUUCUCAUCUCAGAAGAGGACAAGAAGAACCCAACAAGUAUAGAGUACUGGUUCCGCUGUAUGGAUCUGGAUGGUGAUGGAGUUCUCUCCAUGUAUGAGCUGGAAUAUUUCUAUGAGGAACAGUGUGAGCGGAUGGAGGGGAUGGGAAUAGAACCUCUGCCCUUCCAGGAUCUGCUGUGCCAAAUGCUUGACCUCGUCAAACCAGAGAGCCAAGGUAAGAUUACUCUGCGUGAUCUGAAGCGCUGCAGGAUGGCCCACAUCUUCUUCGACACGUUCUUUAACCUGGAUAAAUAUCUGGACCACGAGCAGAGAGACCCCUUCUCCGUGCAGAAGGAUGUGGACAGUGAGGGUCCGGAGCCCUCAGACUGGGACAAGUACGCAUCAGAAGAGUAUGAGAUCCUGGUAGCAGAGGAGACGGUCAGUGAGCAUCUGCACGACGGGUCUUUUGAGGAUGAUUACGAGUGUGAGGAGCUUCCUGUUAAUUCUGAUAUCGGAAACAAAAUGGACAAACUGGUCAUCUCUGAUCUGUCUCCAUGAUCAACUUGAAGCUCGCUCACAGAGGAAAUACACAAUUUUCUACAGUGCAGAAACAGACUGUGUCUGUGUGUUUGUGUGUGUGUGUGUGUGUGAGAGAGAGAGAGAGAUUGUGAACUCCCACUAAGGAUCCAUGUUCAGUAUGUCUUAACCAUUAUCCCUAACCAGCUCCACUCCUGGUGAUCUGACUCAAACAGCCGGCUGGUUUCAUCCCUCACUCUAGUUCAUAAAAAUAAAAAGAAUAAAAAGUCAUGAGAGAGAGAGAUGCUUUAGGACACUUUAUUAGGGUUCUGGCUUGAAGGGAACACUGUGGUUGUCAAAAUCUCAUAUUUUUAUACAUUUUAAAUCAUAAAUCAAACCGUAAAUUUGUCUUAGUAACAGAAACUCCUCAGAUCUUCACAUUCAUACUGAGAAAUACCAGUGCAGGAAGUUAUAGCUGUGAAGGCAACUGGGAAACAUAAGUGCCCAGGAUUAUGCUAUUAUGCUAGCUAGCUAAGAGAAGCCAGAAUCAUCCAGAAGGUCAAGAAUUCACUCAGAUGUGUGGAUAAAUUAUGGAGAAAACUCUCUACAACUACCAAUAUUUCAUUUCACACUUAUUUCCAACCCGUAAACUCUUAGCAAAGCUAGUUAAAGAACUUUAACACGGUUCGCUCGAUAUUUCAGUGCUAACAUGCAGGAUAACACUGUUGUUAAGCAAUCGAGAAACGUGCACACCAAGCAUGAGCUAGCCAGAACGUAGACGUUUAUAGAUGAAGUAAGGAAACAGUGAGGGUAAAAAAUAGACAAAAGAGUCGGAACGUUAGCGUUUCUCUCAGACACGUUGAAACUUGUGAGAAAAGACUGAACAGUCAAGAAACGUUAACGUUACCCUACAGUGCUGAGCUACUGGAAAAGAAGGCGUGAAUUUACACGAGACACACUCGACGUUUGGUUAAAGUCACGAAAACACUUGCUAGGGGACUAGGUUAUAUAUAUAUAUAUAUAUAUAUAUAGCUAGAGAAUAGCCUUCUAUAGAUAACAAAAAAAUCAUGGCGGAAAAGAGAGAGAAUCGUCCGGAAUCAUCCGUGUUUCUCUCAGAUGUGUGGGUAAAUGAUUGAGAAAUUAUUUCGCAUUUAAUAUUUUGAGACGUUAACAUUACGUUACAAUUUAUAAACUGUUAAAAAUUUCAGAUGUUAGCAUAAAUGCUAGCUUGUAUUUCCUAGCAUUGUUAAAGUGGAGAAAGUCGCAAGAGCCCUGUUACUUACUGGGAGAGAUGGAUGCCAUGCAGUGGCUAGCUAGCAAUGAACAAAUAAAGUUGCUAAUUUGCUGGCAGUCAGUUAGCGCAAUUCUAGCUAGCAUGAAUGCACGAGCUGUGAUUGAUUAGAGAAAGUAUAUAAAUCAAGCCAAAAACUGAAAGGAUCCGACGCUAGUUGUGAGAUUUGACGCCACAGGGUUAGCGUAAAGCUGGAGCGGUUUAUUAGGAUGUGCUGUGGUGUGAGUGAAAUGAUGCACAGUAAAAUAUUGCACAUUAAUUCUGAGUGCUGAACCAGUCGUAGUCAUGUAGUCAUAGUGCGCUGCUCCUAGUGGCCAGGUCGGUAUUGCAUGUUAAAAUGAAAAAUGUGGUGCAGACUCCAUCUUAUUUACUUUAUUUUAUUUCUUCUUCUUUUUUUGUAACUUGACUACAAACUGAAAUUCAAACUUCUCUAAACAUUUCCAUAUUCACAAUUUUACAAACGUGGGAACUAAAAACAGGACAAUCUUUAAACGUUUAGUAAAAACUUCUAGAAAGCUUUGCCACUUUGCUCAGUCUGGCUUCAACAUGGCCGCCGCCUCAUGCAGGGACUUCUCUCCUUCCCCAGUCAGUCAAAAUUUGCUUACCUAUUAGCAUGCGAGUUAACCGCUAGUGUUUGGUUUAGCUAGCACUUAGUGGUUAGUGGUUGCUAACGUUUGGAUUAGCGACUAGCAUUUUGAUGUGUAGUGAUGUAUGUGCACCACGUGGGGGUGCUGCUCUGCCCUCUACACGACAAACCUUGUCCACUUUACUCAUGACAUCAUCUUAAAUCAUUAGUGUGUGUGUGUGUUGGAUUAGCACUGUUGCUAACUAACUGUAACACGCUCUCUAACUGUACACUGUUUUUAUGUAAUUAGUGUAAUAUAUAAUAUAUAUAAUUUAUAUAAUUGUUUGUGUGUGUGUUUGUGAGUGUGUGUGUGUGUAUCCCGUAGCCGCAGUGUGUUUUCUAACCGCUGUAAAUGCCUCUGUAUUUAAUUUUACUGUAUUUUUUUGGCGUUAGUCUCUGCCACUGCGUGGCGGAGGCGGAGUUUUAAACGCUGAAAAACGGACAGAUCUCAAACCGCAGUGUUUCUACCUGUGAUGACCCGUGGGACGAGUCCGGCGUUGGUCAGCGAUCAUCUUUGCUGGAACUGUCCAGCUCAGUGAUGAUGAGUGAGGAUGGAACCUGCUGCAGCGUCACGCCGUUAUUCACGUUAACGUUAUCUAUGCAAACCCCGCCCCUGUUCAUCAGCUGAUCCACACGGCUGUUUAACAUCAAACUCUUAGUGUGCAUCUUUAUUUUGAGUUUUAUAUCAUCUUCAUCAUCAUCAUCAUAUAUAUAGCUAUAUAUAAAUCUAAACAUAUUUCCAUGUGUAUUUUUUUUGUCUUGCUUUCAGACUUGACGAGGUUUCGCUCGGAGACGCCUCAUUUGUUCGCAUGACUCUUUUUUUCCCCUUUCAUUCUUUUCUUUUGAAAAUAAAUAAAAAAGUUUUAAAAGCU